ACUUUCAAAGUUUAGUUUUCGAUAAGUUGCGCUAACCAUUAUCUGUUAAACAAAAAUGUUCACGAAGAAAGAUUGGUUACCAAAACGUAUUUGUGUUCCUCGUAAGAGGUAACGCUUCUAUUCUGAUAAUUUUUAGUGUUUCAAUUAAUGACUCUUCAUCUUGGAUCUGUUCUUUCGGUCCUACAAAUAGUUUACGACCUAAACGGUCAUUCAGCCGUGUUGCACCCGAUUCGGGGAUCGUAAUGAAUAAAAAAAUUCAAGAAGAUGAAGGUUGCAUAAAUAUUUCACCGACGUCAUCGCCAGAGGGAGAGACCUUUGAGUUCGGCCAUCAACUAUUAAGUAUCGAAAAUUUAGAUGAACCCAUUUCAUCGAAUGAGUUCCAGCAGCUCCAGAAUUUGAUUUCCGGUAACUGUUCGUCUUCAGUUUCAUCUCAAAAUGAAAAUGCUGUAAUUUGUGAGUAUUCUCAACCAAGUUCUUUGACUGAAGUUGUCAAUCAAAAUGAAUUCAAAAAUCUAGAUGAAUCUGACUUUGAUUCCUUAUGUUAUCUUACUGAGUUGCAACGAGAUUGUUCACAGCUCCCUUACACAAAUCUGACUGUCAAAUCUCUUCCUCGUCGAAUAUUUUCGAAUAGUCUAUUGCGAAAACUCCACCAUUUGGUCAAACGUAACUCUUCAGAACGCUCUAUCUGGUUGCAUCAACGUUCAACUCAAAAUAUCCUUGAUUCUACUAAGCAUACUUCGAAAACUUUUCAAAUUCUUAGGGUAUUCCGUAAUUAUUCAGAUAGUUUGCCUGGAUUAGUAGCAUUCGGUGUGCGUGAAGUUGUAACGCCUUUAGAAAAUGAAACUGAAGUAUCUAAUGCUAAUGAAAAUGUAUCAAACAAAUUCGCAAUCCUCCUUCUACCUAUUUCUGGUGUCCCUUUUGUUACUGAAGAGUUAUUUUCAUCCAUUGCAACAAAUUUCGUUUUAGGCAAUGAUUUAAAAUGUGGCGAUCUUGUUAUGGUAUUUAGUCCAUGGUCAACAUAUCCUUCUCAUGAAUUCAAUAGUUUGCCUGUGAUGUACUCAUUCUUCUGGGUUGAACGUUUGAGACAUGAGGUUUUAAGUGAUGUAGAAAAUGAUUUUCCUAAUUCCCAGAUAACCCCUCAUAAACCUGAACUAAUUACUUGUUCAUGUUUAAUAUCAUGUGAUCCAUUUAUUAUUUUGAAUUGUCCAAAACGUUUUAAAGGAUUAGCAGAACCAAAGUCAUCUGUCAUUCAAACGUUUCAGGAUUCUUCCGAAAAUAUAUUGACAGAAAUAUUUAAUAGGAAGUGUUUUUUAGUCUUGGGUUGCUAUCGAUUUCGGUUACUGAAGAAAUUAAGACAUAUUCUAUUAGUUUGGCAUUACAACGAUUGUCCUGGACUAAUUUUUCUACCGGAUCAGCUAGUUCAUUCGGGUAAUCUCAAUAAUCCUGUUGUUUCUUAUCAAGAUUUUCAUAUUGGAAAUGUGUACACAUCUGAGUCACUUUUACAACUUCCUGAUAAUCAGUUGCAGGCCAAUGUUCAAAAAGAAAUACAUAAUCACUUAAAUGAAAUUAGACAUAGUUUGGAAUCGAAAUAUGCCAAUAAUUUAAAUCAUUUCAUCCAUGGUUCAACUGAUCCCCAUAUUUCUAUCAAUGAAAAUACGUCCAUAGAAUAUUCAAACUGUUCGAUAAAGUUAUGGGAUGCUCGUGCAUCUCAUUUCAGUUUGGUGGAAUCAAAUUAUAUUCAUUUCAAUUUGUCAACUCCAUACAAAAGUAAUCUGGGUAACUAUACGCGCUGUUCGAUCAGUGGUUACUUAGUACUUGAGCCAGCAGAAGGUUCACUUGUCAAAGAUAUCAUUUUAGAUUGGUAUAAUCAUGAAAGUAGAAAACUGAAAUGUUCUUUAAAACAUUUAAAUAUAUUUACUGAUGAACAAAAAUCUACACGAAUAUUUUACUUAUGGAUUUCUGAAUCUAUUACAUCGGCAUUUAUUCCAUGUAUUUGUUUAGUCGAUGUUACUUCACCUAUAGAGUUAAUUUAUGAACAAUUAUUUGCUAUUUCUUCAACAUCAAGUUUUUUAUCUACUACUGGAUUUGGUGUUUAUGUAAUCAUUGACCAAGGAUUAUUUUUUGAUAGUUUCAUUCUUCUAGAUCGUUUUACGUUACUUAAGACUGAGAAUUACUCUCAACAUUCUUUAUCGAUGUACGCUUUAAAAAAUUCUCUCUCCAAACAGAUUUAUUCCAACCAUAUUUUAUUACAGUCGUUUGAAGAUGUGAAUAAGUUACGUGUUCAUCAAAUUGUUAGUUUUUCAGGUACAUUGAUCCAUGUAGACACAAGUCGAUCACAUGUUUGGCCUAUUUGUCCUUAUUGUGCAUGCGCGGAUUUUGAAAUAUAUUCUGGUGUUGCUAAUAAAAUCAAAUAUUUUUCUAAACAAGAAAACUUGAAAUGUGUCCGAUGUUUAGCGCUCUUAUCAAAUCCUCUUCAACGAUUGGAAACAGAAGUACGAGUUUUAAUCAAUUUUGACAACGAUCAAACCAUUGUUAAUAAAUUGAAAAGACAUAAAUCAUCAGUAGAAUUGACACUAAAUAUGGCCUCUUGGCGACUUUGCAAGUUACUCAAUGUAACACAAUCAAAUUUGUUGAAGGAAUCGGGCCUUAAUGCACAAAAGUUAGUAAAUUGUCAAUUAGACAAUGUAAUUGGAGUAGUUGUGCAUAUACCAAACAAAUUGUUUCCAGUUGAUAAUGUACAAAAAUACAAUGGUUAUUUGAGAAAUAUUUAUGUUAUCGAACUAGAUCAAAUGGAGAAUAGCAACUAAAUGCUGCAACUAUUUACAAUGCUUUAUAAAUCACAAUCGUUAUUCGUGUUGGCUUUUCAAGCGCAGUUAAUUACCAUCGUUUAUCUUUGUCCUGUGAUUUAUUUAUGUCCUUCAAGCUACAGAAACAGAAUAAAUGAUAAACAUAUACAAAUAAUUUUCCAUCGUUUGUAAAUACCUUUUUUAAUUUUGUACGAAAAUACAAGUUGUUUGUGCGUUUUC